AUGACGACUUCCGAAGUGCCUUCCUUCAACCAAUUGCAUGCGCUCUUGCGUGUCUUGCUCGCACCGACCUCUCUGCGCUCAUUUCGACAUCAAUCCUCUCUUUUUGUCGACGCGCUGAGCCUUAUGGACUCCGAGCCAUCGCCCACUGCGAAGCGUCCAAACGAAGAUCAACGUGGUAGCCCCGACCCCAAGCGCGCAAAAACCACACAAGAGCCUGACAAUGGCGAGGGAAAGAGUAGGAAGGGCCAGAAGCAGGCAAAGGGGCAAACUAGCAAGAAAAUGGGCCGGAGGAAGCGCGAGCAGUUUGAUGAGAAGGAGGGUGGGGGCGCCAAACGCGUCGACAGCGAUGAACCAAAGGCACCGCGGCUGCCCAAGCGGAUGUGUGCGUUGCUCAUUGGCUUUUGCGGGUCUGGGUAUAGCGGGAUGCAGAUCCAACGCAACGCUAAAACGAUUGAAAACACGCUGUUUGACGCGCUUGUCCGCAUAGGCGCGGUGUCGAAGGACAAUGCUGACGAUCCAGUCAAGGUUGGCCUUGGUCGCGCUGCUAGAACUGACGCCGGAGUCCACGCAGCGGGGAACGUAGUUGCCCUCAAAAUGAUCACUCAGAUACCUGGUGUUGACGACCUCGCUGCCCGCAUAAACGAGGAAUUACCCCCAGAAAUCCGGCUUUGGGGACAUAUACGAGUCCAGAACUCGUUCAACCCAAGGACCCUCUGCGACAGCCGGAAAUACACGUACUUCUUUCCGUCCUACCUUCUGAUUCCGCCCAAGCCCACCUCAGCGUUAUAUCGCGUCCUCGUCAAACACGCUGCCUCGCUCACACCUCCGAUGGAUGUACCAUUCGCUGGGAAUGAAUUCUGGUCCCAGAUCUUCCCUGUCACGGAGCUGGAAAAUAUGGACGACGACCGCGACAUUCCCAUUACACCAAAUCAAGACGAAGUUGCUGAUAUGGCGCGGAAACGCGCUUGGCGUAUAGGGUCAGACCAAAUGGAACGACUGCGAGCUGGUGCUCGACGCUACCUGGCCACACACAACUUCCACAAUUUCACGGUCAAUGGGGCCUUCGGCGAUCGGAGCAAUCAGAGGGUUAUGAAGAACAUCGAGAUUGCUGAUCCAGUCGUGUAUGGGGAGACGGAAUGGAUCAGCGUGUUGUUCCAUGGCCAGAGCUUCAUGAUGCAUCAGAUUGUAAGACGCAAAAUGAUCAGUGCGUUAGUGCUAACCUGUCGCACUGGAACACCGCCAGAAUUGAUUGACGAGCUAUAUGGCCCGCGAGACGUCUUCAUACCCAAAAUGCCCGCGCUUGGGCUCUUACUCGAGCAGCCAAUUUUUGACUCGUACAACACACGUGUGGCCAAGGCGAAUGAAAAAGUUAAGGAGGACGACCCGGACCACCGGCCGCCCAUCAAAUUCGACCGACAUCGGCCGGAAAUGGAGGCGUUCAAGGAGCAGUGGAUAUAUAAGAAUAUGAGGACAGUUGAAGAACGGGACGGGCUAUUUGACGCGUGGAUUCGGAUGGUCGACGCGUAUGGCGGAAGUGAUUUGUUGUACCUCAACCCGCGUGGGACUAUUCCUGCGGCGGCGGUUAUUCAGCUACCAUCAUUGGCAGAAGGGAAAGCGAAAGGCAAGGAGCGUCAUCGGAAAGGCGGGUUCAGGGAGAAAAAGUUAUUUGAUGCGACAAGUUUCCCAGUUGGAGGUGUUGUUGCUGAAGAGGUGGACGAUGAAGAGGACCCCGAUGAAGCAGCACUGCUAACGGGAAAGAGAGAGGAGCUGGAUGGCUGA